CCGGACCAUUUCUGUUAUGAGGGGGAAACUACUGGACAGAAUGACAAGGCCAAGGAGGCUGAGAGACUGGGCACCUCCUGUGGUCUCCAAAAGUCCUUCCUAUACCCUCCACGAGGGUCUAAGCCCUGCCCUCAAAGCCCUUCUGCCUCAGCAUCCUGCCUCAGUGACUCAGACAACCUGCUUCAGGUGGCCAUGCUGCAGAGGCUCCUGCUGACUGAAGAGGAAGCCAACCGCCUGGCUGAGGAGCUGGUGUCCAAGCAGGAGCGCAUGAAACGGAAAGCAGAGAAGAAACGACUCAAAAAGAAGGGACAAAAGGAUCGGAAGCGAAGGGAGCGUUUGGAGCAGGAUGGCGGGGAGUCCAACGUGAAUGUCUACAGGCAGGUACCAAGAGCACCAGGCAUUGCAGAUGGGGAUGAGAGCCCCCCGUCCAGCUCUGGGAACCCAGCUCAGGGACAGUGUUGCGAGGAAGGGGACUCACUGGAUCUAUCUAGUACCUUUGUGUCUCUGGCUUUGUGCAAGGUUGUGGAUUGGCCCCCCAGUGCCUGCAGAGAAAAGGGACUGAGUCAGGAGCCCCAAGGCAGGAGCUUGGGUCCCCAAGAGAAGAUGAGUUAGGAGGAAGGAAGCACUGCAAAAGAAGAGAGCUCCAGGCAGAGUCAUAAGGCAUCUCUAGAACUGCUGGCAGCUGCCUUACAACAGAGCCAGGAGUGAGCAGAGUUUGGUACCAGCUUUGCCCAAAAUGGUUUCCACUACAAGGCCGUGGUCCUCUUCACCCAGGCCUCGAAGCUCAACCCCUGGGACCACCGGUUAUUUGGAAAUCACUCAUUCUGCCAUGAACGGCCGGGUCAGCUGGUGUGGGCCCUGGCUGAUGCCCAGGUAGCCCUUACUUUGUAGCCUGGCUGGCCCUGGGGCCUCUUUCACCUGGGCAAAGGCUUGAUGGGACUGCAGCGUUUCGAAGAGGCAGCUGCUGUGUUCCAGGAGACUCUGAGAGGCGGAUCCUAGCCUGACGCAGUCUGGGAGCUCCACUCCUGCCUUCUACAACUCGCUCUGGACCAGCGAGGAGGAAGCCCUGGGCCUCCUCUGUCAACUGGAUUCCCCUAUGCAUUUCCCCAUGUUGAGCUGGGGCCUUCAGGUCUCCUUUCCCUCAGUUGCCCUGGAAGCACUGCUCCGAGGGCCCCUGGCCUUCUGUCUCCACCCUUGCAUUAUCCCCCACAUCACCUGAGCCCCUCCAGCUGGUCCCUCCCCCAUACUCAGAGCAGAAGACCCUGUCCUCUCCAUUUCCAGGACUCCUCAAAGGGCUGGGGCAUCCUGGGACUUGGGCCCCAGCACCUACCUCACACCAGAUGAAGGAGGACCUGUCCCUAAUAAGGCAAGGCCAUGUGUGCAUCCCACAGGGAUGAAGGACACUGUGUGGUAGCAGUUCACUGCACAUUUUGAGACCUGUACUCUAAUACCACGGUUGGGAACAUCCCUGGGAGUCAUGCCUCUUGCCACAGAGACCUUCUGAUGAGAGAAAGGAGCCCUACAUCCACUGAAAUAGGCUUUCUUUGGUUCUUAAGCAGAUGGCUUCUUCUGGGAGCAGUAAGGAAAAAUAAAAUCUCCCAAGGCUCAAGAAGGGAUCUGUACAAAAGUUCAGGUUUUCAGACUAUAACAGACCUGGCAGUGGGGGCAUUUGAGGCUUGCCCUGCUUCUUGGCCCUGGGGGACUCACUCACCGGCCAGAUAUCUGCUCAGGAUGGGGUCACAGUAAUGAAUAAGGCCCAAGUCUUGCCCUUCAGAUUGACAGAUGCUCACUUCUUCCUAGUCCCAGUUCUUGCCCGGUUUUCUCAAGCCUGAGCUCCUCAUGCCCUGUUUCCUGUCCACACUUCCAUGCAUAUUCUGACCUCUCCUUUGCCCAGUGGUCUGAUGCUCACCUCCUCCCACUGCUAGAAGAUUCACCAAGGGUUUGUAUUUACCAGCUUACCAGCUUCUGCCUGGAGCUGGCAGAGCCCAUACAUCUCCACGUACCUGCACUGCUGGCUCCCCCACUGGUGGGGCCUUAGCAGGAACCCAGGCUUCUGCUACUUUGGUCAUGGUCUUUCUCCACUCCAGCACUGGGCAUUGUAACCAGCCUUUGCCCCAUGUGAAUUUACAUACUUUUUUCCACCCAGGGUCACUGCCCCUAAAGAAGGCUAAAAUCCUCUACUUUCUGUAUAAGAAUCAUGACCUCCUUCUGGUUUCUCCUCUAAGAUCCUGGCAGCUGCUCCUGGCUGGUUCCUCCCUAGCUCUGCCUGGGACUCUCAGCUCAUUUAAAUAUGGAUCUGCAGGGGACUUUUAGGCCUCCAGAAUGCCUUUCCUAGAGGAACCAUUUAUCAGGAUGAAUGACUCUUGCUGCCCUAUGGGUCUUAUUCAACACCAUUUGCACCUAGAGAUAGGAGAUGCUGAAGCACCUCUUUAUUUAAGGCUGUCCCAAAUUCUUUUAUUGUUUAUGGUUUCAGGACGCUUAAAUACUGUAUGACAGAUUGAAGUCUGCCAUUACCAGUUGGGUCACCUUCGGCAGAUUUCUUAACACCUGUGCUUCAGUUUCCUCAUCUGUAAAAUGUGGGCAAUCCCUACCUCACAGGUCUGUUGUGAGGGCUGAAAGAGAAAGUGUGAGAACCUACCUACCGAAAGCCUGGUACCUAAUGGGUGUUAAAUAAACUGAUUUUUAUCUGCAA